CUUAACUGCUCUUCACCUCCUCCGUCUCCUCCCCAACUAGAACCCCCACGCACUCACGCGCACUGCACGCCGCAACACAACGCGCUCGCCUCGCCUCGCCCCGAUCGGUGGUGGUGCUCGCCGUCGCCGGGCGGCGCUAGGGUGGCCGGAGAGGCUCCGGAGAGUAGGAGGAGGAGGAGGAGCCGGAGAUGAGGGGGUCGAGGAGGCCGGUGGCCGUGGUGCUGAGCUGGGUGCGGAGGCAGCCGCCCAAGGUCAAGGCGUUCCUCGCCGUGGUCGCCGGGAUGGCCGCGCUCGUCUUCAUCCGCUUCAUCGUCCACGACCACGACAACCUCUUCGUCGCCGCCGAGGCCGCCCACGCGCUCGGCCUCGGAGUCCUCAUCUACAAGCUCACCAAGGAGAAGACCUGCGCCGGACUCUCACUCAAGUCUCAGGAUUUAACAGCACUAUUUCUGGCUGUUAGGCUGUACUGCAGUUUUGUUAUGGAGUAUGACAUCCAUACCAUACUUGAUACAGCUACACUAGCAGCUACUCUCUUUGUCAUCUACAUGAUUCGGUUCAAACUGAGGUCAACUUAUAUGCUGGACAAGGACAAUUUUGCAUUGUACUACGUGGUGUUACCUUGUGCUGGCCUAGCUCUCCUGGUUCAUCCUUCAACAUCGCAUAACAUCAUCAACAGGAUCUCCUGGGCUUUCUGUGUUUAUUUGGAAGCUGUUUCAGUGCUGCCACAGUUGCGUUUGAUGCAAAACACAAAGAUUGUGGAACCAUUUACAGCUCAUUAUGUGUUUGCAUUGGGUGUUGCAAGGUUUCUUAGCUGCGCACACUGGGUCCUUCAGGUUUUGGAUACCCGUGGUCGCUUGUUGACUGCUCUGGGCUAUGGUCUCUGGCCUUCGAUGGUGCUUCUCUCUGAAAUCGUUCAGACGUUCAUCCUUGCUGAUUUCUGCUACUACUAUGUGAAGAGUGUUUUUGGUGGGCAACUUGUCCUUCGACUUCCGUCUGGAGUGGUGUAAAAAUGCAGCAGGAUGCAACAUGUUAUGGGCUUUGUGCACGUUUAGUACAUCGUCGGAUACCAGAGCCUUGUUUGCUUGAUAAUUUUUUUCAGUUACAAAUUGCUCAUGUGAAAAAUGUACCUACCAGAGACCGUGAUGAAAUCUAGAGACUAGUUUUUAACUACUUAGCUUUUAUCAUACGAUCAGUUGUCGCAGGCCCCAAUAGAUAGACCAAGAUAGUUCCCCUAAUUUGGAUCUCGUUAUUGAUCA